CGUGCCAGAACGUACCGUGCUGCAUCUGAGACAAGAUGUGUGAGAAAGGCACGUCCGCGCUGUUGUGCGUCACACUGCUCGUAACGGUGACUUUGUUCGGUUCGGUAGCGGAAGCGGAUGAGUUUGAAGAAGUGUUUCGUUGGAAGCUGCUUGACUUUAAUAAUACCGGCUCGAACGAAGAUGGAGUUUUCUUCCCGGACGUGCCGGAUGAUGUGCCGGAAAUGGUGGCCCUGAAUGAAAGUUUCGCACCGUACCACAAUCUACCGAUGGGUGUGACGCAUCACAAGGGCCGAGUGUUUAUAACCGUGCCGAGACGUCGUACCGGCAUUCCAUCCACGCUAAACGUGAUCGUCUUGGAUCAGGUGCCGGAUGGUGAGAAAUCGCCCAAAUUGGUGGCGUACCCAACGUUGUUGACGAAUGAGUUAAGGAGUCCUUACCUGCCGGAUCCCAAAAAGCUUAUCUCGGUUUAUCGCACCCGUGUGGAUCGUUGCGAUCGUAUGUGGUUCGUCGAUACGGGAUUUCUCGAAUAUCCCGGCCACCGCAAGCAAGUACAGCGACCAUCACUGUGGAUCAUUGAUUUGCUGCAGGAUCGCAAAGUGCGACAGUUCGAAAUACCGGAAUCGAUCGUAGCUGAAGGUCACGGCAUGGCGAGCGUUACGAUCGAUUCCUCGAGCGACGAUUGUGACGGUGCGUACGCUUACAUACCCGACCUUGCGUUCUACCGGCUGUACGUGUACGGAUUCCGGGAGAAUCGGAUGUGGAAGUUUCAGCACGAGUUCCUCUCGUUCGAUCCGCGCAUGACCGGGUUCAGUGUGGCUGGGGUACGGUUCCGCUGGAACGAUGGUAUCUUCUCGUUAGCGGUUGGAGCAGAAAAAUCGGAACAGGAAGGACGGACGGUGUACUUCCACGCAAUGGCUAGCACAUCCGAGUAUCGGACCAGUUCGCGUGUCCUGCAGAAUGAAACGCUUGCCAACGUCGGAGGGUACGAUCAUUUGUUUACGCACGUCGGUGAACGUGGCAUCAAAACGCAAUGCACCAUUCACCAGUACGACCCGCAGACAGGUGUGCUAUUUUACGCGGAAGUCAACCGUAACUCGAUCGGUUGCUGGAAUUCUGCCCAAAGCUUCGAACCCGAAAAUCAUGGCAUCGUACACUUGGACAAUAAAAACUUUAUCUACCCAUCCGAUAUGACCCUCGACAGUGAUGGUGACCUGUGGGUCAUGACAAACGGACUGCCAAGAUGGCUGUACGCAACGCUCAACGCUGAUGACUAUAAUUUCCGCAUCUGGCGUCAGAAACCGUCUAAGGCAAUCGCAGGAACAAUCUGUGCACCCGGUGCAUAA